AUGAAUUGGAGUCUGGCACUUCCCAGUUCUCCGGGGUCUUCUUCUAACAAGCAUGGAGACAGAUUCAUUCCCUCCAGAGCUGGAGCCAACUGGAGCCUGUAUUUCCAUAGACCGAAUGAACCUGAGAAAUCACCCAAGCAGAAACGCAAAGCAAAGCAAGCUACCUUAGAUGCUUGUCCAGUUAACCCUUUCUAUACUGCCUUGUUGAAUAAUGAGCUACUAGGAGCUGGGAUCGAGAAUGUCCCAUAUCCCAAAGCAGAGAGCCAAGGGAUGCAGUCUCCUAUACCACACACAAAGAAUCUCUUCUCAUACGCUCACAACACGAAGCGCUGGAGGCCCGAUUCUGGUAGUGAAGUCUGUCCUUAUAUCUUAUCUCCCAUCAGCAACAAAAGCCAGACUUUACUAAGGUCCCAACAGAAACCAAUCCGGAAAAUCUCUGACAGCCCUUUCAAAAUCCUCGAGGCCCCGGAACUCCAAAAUGACUUCUACCUGAACCUAGUAGACUGGUCUUGCCUAAACAUCAUCACUGUGGGCCUGGGCAGUCGUGCUUACCUGUGGAAUGCUGCCACCUGCCAGGUGACUAAGCUGUGUGACUUGUCUAGUGAUGAAGAUUAUGUGACCUCCGUGAACUGGUCUGAGCAGGGGAACUUGGUAGCAGUCGGAACAGACAAAGGCCUGGUGCAGGUCUGGGACGUAACCGCGGGGAAGAUGCUGUGCAAGUUGGAGGGUCACGCAGCUCGAGUCGGCGUGCUGGCCUGGAAUGCUGAUCAGAUUUCCUCUGGAGGCCGGGACACGAUGAUCCUCCAGAGAGACAUCCGGGCACCCCGCGCUCAGUCUGAGCGCUGGCUGUUAGGGCACAGGCAAGAGGUAUGUGGGCUGAAGUGGUCUGUAGAUCACCAGCUUCUGGCUUCAGGUGGGAAUGACAAUACGGUUCUGGUCUGGAGCCUCUACAAUGUUAAGCCUGUCCAUAAGUACACCAAACAUGUGGCUGCUGUAAAAGCGAUCGCCUGGUCCCCCCAUCAGCAUGGCCUGUUGGCAUCAGGCGGUGGAACAGCCGACCGCAACAUUCGCUUCUGGAACACGUUGACGGGACAGCCCGUCCAGCAUAUCGAUACCGGUUCCCAGGUGUGCAACCUGGCCUGGUCCAGACACGACAACGAGCUGGUGAGCACCCACGGAUAUGCCGAAAACCAGAUCGCCGUCUGGAGAUACCCUUCCUUGACAAAAGUAGCCAAACUCAUAGGGCACUCCUACCGAGUUUUGUAUUUGGCAGUGUCUCCCGAUGGACAGUCCAUAGUUACAGGAGCUGGGGAUGAGACACUGAGAUUCUGGACUGUUUUUUAUAAAACUCAUUCUGCAAAGGAAUCCGCUUCUGCCCUCAGCCUCUUCACUAAAAUCCGGUAA